UUGUAAAAAGCCAAACUUUUGACAAAUGCUUUCUUCUACCUCCCACUUCCCCCACUCACUGUCACAGUCACCCACUUCCCAUAUCUCCAUUCCUGAUCUUCUCCACAACUUCAACACCCCAUUUGAGCUCAAACAAGUUCAUGCCCACAUCGCCAAAACCAAUACUUCUCUCUCAAUCCUCCCUCUAACUCGCGUUGGCGUAGUUUGCGCUCUCUCCCCCAGUCUCCCUUACGCCCACAAGAUCUUUCAACACAUUGGCAAACCCAUCACUGUCCUGUGGAAUUCUUGCUUGAAAGCCUUAGCCGAAAGCGAUUCUCCUGCUUGUGCCAUCUUAUUGUUCUCGCGGCUGCGCGAAUUUGAUGUUUUGCCGGAUACUUUCACCUGUUCCUUCGUGCUGAAAGCGUGUCUCGCCGAGUUGAAUGUUUCAUGCGGUAGGAUUAUUCAUGGAGUGUGGGGAGAUGGGUGAUGCGCUUUUGUUGUUCGAUAAAAUGGCGCAACGAGAUGUUGUAACUUGGAAUACAGUGAUGACCCAGUUGGUGAAGAGGGGAGAUAUUGAUCAGGCGUACAGUUUGUUCUUGGAGAUGCCGGAGAGAAAUGUUAGGUCGUGGACAGCAAUGAUUUCUGGCUUUGUUCAGUGCAGGAGGCCAGAGGAGGCUGUACGUCUAUUCUGCGAGAUGGAGGAGGCGGGUUUGAGGGCAAAUGAGUGACUAUAGUGGGUGUUCUCGCAGCUUGUGCGGAUCUAGGUUCAAUGAAUUUGGGAAGGCAGGUUCACGAGUACUCGAAACAAAGUGGGUUUAUGAGUAGUGCUCGUGCUUGUAAUACUUUGAUUGAUAUGUACGUGAA